ACACACAUACAUAUGUAUGCCUGUAUGUGAGUUGUAGUAGGGUCUCAGAAAGAAGAGAAAGUGGUGACGCUCAGGUAAUCUGCCACCGUUUCAAGACACGUUGUAAGAGAACGUCACAAAACCAUUUGAAAACCACUUUGUAUCCUCUCACUCUACUAAAAAAAAAGGGUUCAGCUCUGGAGUGUCUUGAAUUCAUUUAUUAAUUUAAGAUACGCCUGAACUGAAAGAAGAAAAAGGAAGAAAAGAGACCGUAGUUGGUUUUGUUGCCUCCAAAUAUGAGACCGCGAACAUGCCGUCGUUACUGCACCUAUGGGAUCAUCAUAUUUGUUGGCUACCUAAUAAUGCAAGGAUUUAUCAAGGUGAACAAGGAACUGAAAUCUGAUACAGAUGAAAAUGACAUAAUUAUUAGUAGAUCAGACAACUUUGAGAAAGAAAGCGAUAAAGAAAUCCUGAAAGCAAAACAGGACAAAAAACCAGACAAGCAUUCAGACACUUCUAGAGAUCAAAUGUCGGAGGACAUACACGACCAGUUUUUACAUAAAGCUGAAGAAGCGAUCGAGGCUAAGGAAAAAGCUCUGAAAUUAGAACAUGAGCUCAGAGAAGAGGAAGAACGACGGCACAAAUUGGAGUUGAAACUUCAAGAAGAACUGCUCCGCAAGGAAGAAGAAAAGAGAGUAAAAAAAACUAGAGGAAGAACAAGCAAGAAGGUUAGCUGAAAAGAAGAAAGAGGAGGAGCUGCGAGAAGAACUGUCACGACUUCAUAAAGAAUUGGAGAAGAAUACGCACACAGUCGGCCCUAGAGAACAAGUACCUCACCAUCCAGAUGAAGACCACCACUCAGACGAACAUUACAAAUAUUUGUAUAUCAUAAAGGCAAAGAAGCGUCGCCAGUUCACGGACGUCAUUUUGCCAUAAAGGCCACCCAAAUUGAGCACGAGAUAGAGGAACAGGUAGAGAAGCACAUAGAACAUUUACCUGAACAGCGGUUCCCUACAAUCGUGACGGCAGCAACAAUGAAAAAUUUUCGUGACGUAGAAAAGCUUAUUGAUUCAGUACAAUAUUUCCUGCCGGACAAGAAAAUAGUGGUCUUCCAUAUUGACCUUGAUGACAAGGAGGUGAACGAGUUACAAUCAGCUUGUAACGUAGAAACACGAAUCUUUUGGAAGUGGAUGUUUCCAUCUCACGUCUACAAUGCUUCUGAUAUGUCUUGGAAACCCGUUGUCAUACAGAUGGCCUUGGCAGAAUUUGGCCUCGUUAUGUGGAUUGACCCAACAGCAAGGCUGGUAAGCAGUCACUUCGAACCUUUACUGACCGAUGCUGAACAGUCGGGUUUUGUAGUCUUAUCUACCCGGAAGCAGUAUUCUACGUUUUCUGUGACACACCCCAAUAUGUACUCCUAUAUUCCAACGGAUAUGACGAAGCUUAUGGAAUCUAGUCAUCUGAAUAUGAGGGUCCUUAUUAUUCACAACACGCACGAAAUUCAGGAAAAUCUUUUCAAAUGGCUUAUAUUGUGUUCGUUGGAGAAAGAGUGUUUAGCACCGACGGGAUCUCGGCAACAAUGCGAGUUCCCAAUGAAGAAAGACACUUACGCCAACUGCCAUUAUUACGAGGAAUCAGCCUUCAACAUCCUCUUAAAGAACUAUUUCUCUUUCCGUCUCGAAUCCUUUAAUCAUGAAGAUUCUUUUACAAUGAACUCUGCUGAUUGGAAAGGUCAAAUAAAUAUUAGACGAUGUCAAUAGGAAAAAUAAAACAAGCAAUAAACUAAUUUAUAUAUAAAAAAAAGACAUGAAUUUGAUUUAA